GGUAGUAACAGGACCACUAACUUGAUGAACAGACAUUUAAGAAGAGACGCAUGAUCAAGAAACUCAUCUCACAAUCUCCAAAACUCUCCAAGACAGAUCUCAGGAAGGAAGGUCUAACUGUUCACAGCUUUCAUUUUUCACUGUCUUCAUACAACUCGCAGGCUAAUGUAACAGAAUACAUGGCAGAUGUAUUCUAGUCAGAAGGAAAUCAGUGCAGCCUCUGAGGGUCAGGUGUAUGACAUUGGUUAAUUAACGUAGAGGAAUAUAACGGAGGAGUACGGUGCUCGUGCAGCGGGUGUAGACGCCUUGUACAUUGCGAAGAUGAAACUUCAGAAUCGUGUGAAUCAAAGCUCAGGCAAGUUGUGGACAUGUGCCUGAUGUUAAGCAACUUCGUAACUUUAACCGACACAGAUUCGUGGUGAAAUUACGCGUUUCACAAAAUAGUUGUCAGUGGGCCAUCUACAUGUAUCUAUGGCAGCAAGGCUUAAAAUCAGAAACAGUGACCGCACCCUCAAAGUGCACCAUACUGCAGCUGUAAAACACAAUGCAGAGGUCAUGCAGACAGUCAAGUGGGAGGCGCUUGCAGCUGGUCCACUGAUUGCAUUUCAUGCAGGUUGCAUAUUGGGCGACGUUUUAUAUCUUCAUGGAGGAGUUGAAGAAAAGAGCUCUCCUACUCCGUCAAAUAAAUUCCACAGUUACAACAUGUCGACGUCGGAAUGGAUAGAAAUUCAGGAGGCAGGAAGUCCUGCACUUAGCCAUCAUGCUUGUGUUGUGAUUGAAAACCGCUACAUUGUUUUGAUCGGAGGAUGGGAUGGUAAAGUCCGCACAAGUGCUGUGUACAUAUAUGAUACAGAUAAACGAAAGUGGACUAUGCCGCAAGUCCUCGGCUUCUCUGAUCAAGGUGGCCUUAGUGCACACACAGCUUCGUUGUUAGCCUCAGGAGAAAUUCUCGUGAUAGGGCGCGAAGGCGGGCUUCACAUGCAGCGUUGCCAUGGUGACGCCUACAUUUUGUCAUGUGACGUGGAGAAGAGAGUGUGUAAGUAUUGUAACUACACCAGCUCAGUGUCUUCCAGAUCUGGCCAUACAACAAACAUUGUGGGGAACGCAGCGUACAUCAUCGGCGGACGCGGUGAUCAGCUGUUAGAGAGGCUGUUGCGAUUUUCACCGUCGUCAUUCCCUCCAUCCUCUGGCCCAAUUUUCUCCAAACUGUCAAACUUCCUUUGCACACCACUGACUAAAGUCCCGUGUGGUCGGAAAAAUCACAUCGCUCUCUCUGGGCCUGGGUUUAUUUUUGUUCACGGAGGGGAGACUUUUGAUGGGCGCAUCCGUGAGCCUGUAGGGGAGAUGUACCUGGUCACCAUCAAGCCCAGUGUCCAGUGGUUUGCUGUUCGAGGGCAGAGCUUAGGGCGUGCAGGCCAUGUGUGCUGCACUGAUGGGAAUCGUGUCCUUUUACAUGGAGGACUGACAGGCCGUGGACAAGUAUGUGGAGAUGUAAGAGAGCUGACCAUUAGCUGA